AUGAAGGCUGUAGUUUUCCUUCUUGUCUCUCUGCUUGCAAUUGCAAUAGUUUCCUGUAAGCAAAUCAGCUACCAGAAGUGCCCGUCUACUAAAGAGCUGGGUGAAAUCGUCUCCAUUGAUAUAACGCCGUGCGAGGAAGAACCGUGCGCCCUGAAGAAAGGAGGCAAUGAAACAAUCACCAUCACCUUCAUCCCACACGAAGUUGUCACCGGCGCUAAGAUUUACGCAUACGCUAUCAUUGGACGGAUACAUGUGCGCCUACCGCUGCCGAAUCCUGAUGCUUGUCAAGGUUACGGUUUAUCUUGUCCAUUGAAGAGCGGUGUCAAAGUGAAGUUUGCUUUGGUCGAAUUCAUCUCACCCUAUUUCCCGAGCGGUAACUUGAAACUAAAAGCGCAAAUCAAAGAUCAAAAUGGCAAGUCUUUGAUCUGUGGGAUUGUUAAGUUGCAUAUUCAGUGA